AUGUCUACCAGAUCUACAGUAUCGUCGCUUUAUCGGCGCUCCCUCAAGCUUUCCCUGGACUGGUGUGUACACAGGCAUCUCUGGAGAGGGCAAGCAUUGUACAUCAGAUCAUUAUUCGAGGCGCAAAAAAAUGCAUUGUUUAAAGAGACGGAGGAUCUACUUGAGAAGUGGAAGCACCCAGAUCCAUAUCGCCCACCUACUGCCCCUGGAGGAUCGAAAUACGAGCGCAAUCUUCCAUCACCAAUUCUCGACCCUCCUGCAAAGAUGGCUUUGUAA